CAGCUCCCCCACAGGGUGCAGCCCAAUGACCCAAGCCUCGGGGACUGCUCUCUCCACACUCUGGGGUAGAGGAGAGGGCCCCCACUGAAGCCGCAGUGACGGGAAGAGAUGAGGCUGGGACCACUGGGCUUCUUGGUGGCCGGGCUGGCCCUGGGGGUAGCCAGCAGCCCCCUGGGAAAGGCCCCCGCCCAGAGGUUACAGAUGACGAGCGGAAACCCCGAGUGGCUCACGAGUCUUGAGGCCAAAAGCCAGAACACCACCAGCCACGAAUGCGAGGGCUGCUGUCUACAGGACGACCCGCCGGAGCUGGAGCCGGAGAAGGGCCAGAGAGCAAAGGGACUCCAGGCCCGACCUGAUGAAGAAGGGGACAGAUUCCUGAGGAAGAAGAAGAGAAAAACUGGCUCCUGGUCCAUAAUUGGAAAAUACAAUCCCUCAGGGAUUAACCACACAGCUAGUAAUGCAGCAUAUCAAAGGAUACUGUUGAAGCUUCAGAAUGACACAGAUGUUUCCCAACAAGGGGCAGACCCUGAAAAACCCCCUGAACAGGACAGACCCCUGAAGAAGAAGAAGAGAAAACCUGGCUCCUGGUCCGUAAUUGGAAGAUCCAGUCCCACAGCGGAUAAACACUCAUCCAGUAACGAAACAUUUCAAAGGAUACUACUGAAGCUUCAGAAUGACACGGGUAUUACCCAGCAAGGAGCAGACCCUGAAAGACCCCCGCAACAGGCGGUUGCCUCCAGAGAACACUGUUUUGGUUGCUGUACUUCCCACCUCUACAGGUCUCCUAGGAAAAAAGAGGAAGAUGCACCCAGAGAAUUGGAUCCCAUAAACUUCAAGCAACCUGAUCAAAAAGAAUCCUAGUCCCUGAGAUUAUACCCCAAACCCACCCACCCAUCUUCCCCCUGAGGCUGAGUUGUGAGGCCCCUCAUCUAGGCACUGUCUGGUAUCUUCUUGAUAAAUCCACCAAAGAAAUUUUCGCCUGCC